GAGCAAAUCUUUUAUGCCGCGCAUGCGCGUCAGCAAUUGUUUGUUUAGUUUGAUUUACACAGCAAACAGGCUGCAUUAUUAUUGUAAUUACUGCUUCAUCGGAACACAGAGAGAGCCCCAAGCCGCCAUCAUCAUCAUCAUCAUUCUCACCAGCUUUGGUUUUCCCUCAACAGAAAGGGUGGUGGAGGGACAAAUGCAGCGGGCUUAUGACUACACCAAGUACCACACCAUGGAUGAGAUCUUGGCGUGGAUGAAGAUGAUGGUAACUGAUCAUCCUGACGUGGUUUCCAGCCUCGUCUAUGGAAGCACGUAUGAAAACAGGAGCAUCACGCUGCUGAAGGUUGGACUGAAGAGCGCCGAGCCGAAGAAGAUGAUCUGGAUGGACUGUGGGAUUCACGCUCGAGAAUGGAUCGCUCCAGCUUUCUGCCAGCACUUUGUGAAGGAGAUCCUGGGCUCCUACAAGACAGACCCAAAGAUCAGCGAGAUGUUGAAAAAUGUGGACUUCUACAUUACGCCGGUGUUGAACAUGGAUGGAUAUGUGUACUCAUGGAAGGACAACACGACAAGGUUAUGGAGGAAGACGAGGUCUCCUGGGUCUGGAAACUGCACGUGUCUUGGCACCGAUCUCAACCGUAACUUCUACGCCAACUGGGGAAUGGUGGGAAUUUCCAGAGACUGCUGCUCAGAUAUCUACAAUGGACCCUCUGCUCUUUCGGAACCCGAGGCCCAGGCUGUGACGGACUUCCUGAGCACCAAUCGAGACAUGAUUCUUUGCUUCUUUACCAUCCAUUCGUACGGUCAGCUGAUCCUGCUUCCUUAUGGCCAUCCCAACAUCACCGCCCCCAAUCAGGAAGAGCUGAUGCAAGUGGGUCUGGCUGCAGCAGAGGCCAUUAAAGCUGUUCAUGGAACGGACUACACCGUGGGAACGCCUCCUAAAGUGCUGUACCCGAAUUCGGGUUCGUCUCGAGACUUUGCUCGGCUCAUCGGGAUCCCGUUCUCCUUCACCUUCGAGCUCCGUGAUAAGGGCGAGCACGGUUUCGAGCUGCCGCAGGACCAGAUCCAGCCCACGUGUGAGGAGGCGUAUCAGGGUGCCAUGUCUAUCAUCACGUACGUCCACGACAAAUCCUACCUCCGUGGUGCGGCUACGAGCCUCGCAGCUACACUGUGGAGUGUGCUUCUGGCUAUGUGGCUCUCUAGCGCCACCGUUUGACCUCACACCUGAACUGAAAUCGAUCAGAUACCUUAAACAACCAGGCUUAUUAUUAUUAUUAUUAUUAUUAUUAUUAUUAUUAUUAUUAUUAUUAUUAUUAUUAUUUUAUCUCUGUCAUUAUAAAUAUAUUAUAAAAAAAACUCGGGAAAUUCAGUGUAAAUGGUGCAGUUUUGUUUCAGGAAUAAAUUAUCACACAU